UCAGUGCACGCGCCCAGGUACAGGGGGGCACUAGACAGAGCCUAGAGGGUGGAAAGCGCACUUUCUCUGGAUGAAGUGCGCUAAAAGUGCCCUAAAAGACGCCCACUUUGAGCUUUCUUCCGCACCUUCUGAGUCUUAUUACGGUCUCUGAAGGGGAGAACAGGUUUAGUGUGUCGGGAGCAGCAUUCUUGGGACCAAGCCCUCUCUACUUUAGGAAGAAGACAAGGCUGAGAAAAAAGUCAUGGACAAAGGAAGAAAAAUAAAGAGGAAGCCAGCGGCUGCGGGGAAAUAAGCUUCACAGAAACACAGCAGAACGGAGAAGUGUCGGCAGAGGAAAUACGAGCAGGAUGGGGAUGGAUUUCAGCACUCUUCGGACUCUUAUCAGCCGAUAUUGUGCUGGUGAGGAGAACUGUGUAGACACCAGGACAGUUUACAUUGGACAGAAGAAGCCUCCUCCAGGGGCAGAGGCCUUCAUACAGCAAAGGUUUCCAGACAACAGAAUAGUCUCCUCCAAGUACACUUUUUGGAACUUCAUCCCCAAGAACAUGUUUGAGCAGUUCAGACGAGUGGCCAACUUCUACUUUCUCAUCAUUUUUCUGGUUCAGCUGAUCAUCGACACUCCCACAAGUCCAAUCACCAGCGGUCUGCCGCUCUUCUUUGUCAUCAUAGUGACCGCCAUUAAGCAGGGCUAUGAGGACUGGUUGAGACAUAAAGCAGACAACGCUGUCAACCAGUGUCCCGUCCACGUGGUGCAGCAUGGGAAAGUGGUCCGCAAACAGAGUCGCAAGCUUAUGGUUGGAGAUGUGGUGUUCAUGAAAGAAGAUGAGACCUUUCCAUGCGAUCUCAUUCUUCUUUCCUCAUCUCGAGAUGAUGGGAUGUGUUAUGUUACAACGGCCAGCCUUGAUGGAGAGAGCAGCCACAAGACAUACCAUGCAGUUCAAGAUACCAAAGCUUACAAAACAGAGGAAGAGGUCAACUACAUCCAUGCCACCAUAGACUGUGAACAACCGCAGCCAGACCUAUACAAAUUUAGGGGCAAUAUCAACAUUUACAUGGGAAACGAGCCAGUGUCCAGGUCAUUGGCUUCUCAGAACUUGCUGCUUCGUGGAGCAACACUUAAAAACACGGAAUAUAUCUAUGGUGUUGCUAUCUACACUGGCAUGGAAACCAAGAUGGCUCUCAACUACCAGUCCAAGUCUCAGAAACGCUCUGCGGUAGAGAAGUCAAUGAAUGCCUACCUGGUGGUCUACCUGUGCAUCCUCAUCAGCAAGGCUGUCAUCAACACGGCGCUGAAGUAUGUGUGGCAAGCCGACCCUAACAAAGACGAGCCGUGGUACAACGAGAAGACUGAGACUGAGAGGCAAAGACACAUUCUGAUCAGGGCAUUCACAGACUUCUUAGCCUUCAUGGUGCUUUUCAACUACAUCAUCCCCGUCUCUAUGUACGUCACCGUGGAGAUGCAGAAGUUCUUGGGCUCCUAUUUUAUGAUGUGGGAUGAUGAGAUGUUUGAUGAAGAGCUGGGGGAGAGAGCUGUGGUCAACACGUCGGACCUUAAUGAGGAACUGGGACAGGUGGAGUAUGUAUUCACAGACAAGACGGGGACUCUGACCGAGAACAACAUGGAGUUUAUAGAGUGCUGUGUGGAUGGAAAUGUUUACGUACCUCAUGUCAUCUGUAAUGGACAGGUGAUGCCUGGUUCUGAAGGUAUCGAUAUGAUCGACAUAUCACCGGGGCCGGAUGCCAGGGAGCAUGAGGAGCUGUUUUUCCGCGCGUUGUGUUUGUGCCACACAGUCCAGGUGAAAGAGGAGGAGACAGUAGAUGGGAUCAAACAUGGCAUCCACCAGGGCAAGUCCUCCUCUUUUUACAUCUCCUCCUCGCCAGAUGAGGUGGCGCUGGUGGAGGGCAUGAAGAGACUUGGUUUCACCUAUCUGCGACUCAAGGACGGUCAGAUGGAGAUCUUAAACAGGGAGGAUGAAAUAGAGAGGUUUGAGCUGCUAGAAGUUUUGACUUUUGACUCAGUGAGACGGCGGAUGAGCGUCAUUGUCAGGUUCAGCACAGGUGAGCUGUAUCUGUUCUGUAAAGGAGCCGAUUCCUCCAUCUUCCCCAGAGUUAUCUCAGGAAAGGUGGAGCAGGUCAAAGCACGGGUGGAGCAUAAUGCAGUGGAGGGCCUGAGGACUCUUUGUGUUGCUUAUCGGCCUCUGAGUGCUGAGCAGUACGAGCAGGUGUGCCACCUCCUGACGAGGGCAAAGUUGGAAUUUCAGGACCAGGACAAGUUGGUGGCCGAGGCGUAUGACCUGAUCGAGAGAGACCUCAUCCUGCUGGGGGCCACUGCUGUAGAGGACAGACUACAGGAUAAAGCCGCAGAUACCAUAGAGUCUCUCCACAAGGCGGGUAUGAAGGUGUGGGUUCUGACUGGAGACAAGAUGGAGACAGCGGCUGCAACGUGCUACGCCAGUAAGCUGUUUCGCCGCAGCACCCAGAUCCUGGAGCUUACCACCAAGCGGACGGAGGAGCAGAGCCUCCACGAUGUCCUGUUUGAGCUGAGCAGGACGGUCCUCAGGCAUUAUGGAGGCAUGUCCCGCGACACCUCUUCUGGUUUAUCGAGUGAAUACACCGACUAUGGCCUGAUCAUUGACGGAGCCACCCUCUCUGCUGUAAUGAGGCCCAGCCAGGAGGAGUCAAACUCAGGGAAUUACAAAGAGAUCUUCCUGGAAAUCUGUCGCAACUGCAGCGCAGUGCUCUGCUGUCGAAUGGCUCCACUUCAGAAAGCACAGAUCGUCAAGAUGAUCAAGGCGUCCAAAGAGCACCCAAUAACUCUUGCCAUUGGAGAUGGUGCAAAUGAUGUCAGCAUGAUCCUGGAAGCCCAUGUUGGCAUUGGUAUUAUGGGUAAGGAGGGUCGCCAGGCAGUAAGAAACAGUGACUACGCUAUCCCAAAGUUUAAACACCUCAAAAAGAUGCUGCUUGUUCAUGGACACUAUUACUACAUACGCAUCUCUGAACUCGUGCAAUACUUCUUCUACAAGAAUGUAUGUUUCAUCUUUCCCCAGUUCCUCUACCAGUUCUUCUGUGGCUUCUCACAACAGCCGCUGUAUGACACAGCCUACUUGACUCUCUACAACAUCAGCUUCACAUCGCUACCCAUCCUCCUCUAUAGCCUGAUGGAGCAGCAUAUUAACAUCGACAUCCUAAAAAAAGAGCCGUCGCUCUAUAGAGAUAUCGCCAAGAACUCGUUGCUAACAUGGCCCAUCUUCACAUACUGGACUGUCCUGGGCAUAUAUGAUGCUAUUGUGAUGUUCUUUGGUGCUUACUUCCUGUUUGACAACACCACCUUCACCAGCAAUGGACAGCUAAUGACAACCAACACACAGAUGAUGUUUGGAAACUGGACAUUUGGGACUCUGGUCUUCACUGUGCUUGUUUUCACUGUUACAUUCAAGUUGGCUCUUGAUACUCAUUACUGGACGUGGAUCAAUCAUUUUGUCAUCUGGGGCUCGCUUGUCUUCUUUGUUGUCUUCUCUCUGCUGUGGGGAGGAAUUAUUUGGCCUUUCCUGAACUACCAGCGGAUGUACUAUGUGUUCAUGCAGAUACUGUCCAGCGGUCCGGCCUGGCUUAGCAUUAUCUUGCUGAUCACGGCCAGUCUGCUGCCAGAUGUGGUGAAGAAGGUGUUCUGGAGGGCGCUGUGGCCCACCACUACUGAACGCAUACAGAAUGCUGAUAAACUCUACAAGGGCCAACUGUCAGAGUUCACCCCCUUAGCUGCUCUCCACCCUCCACCCAAGGCUGGCAGCCAGCGAGGCUCUGAAAACCAAAGGAACGCCCCGAACCCUCGAAGGUCUGACACCCCAAACAAGAAAAUCAUGUUGACACGUUGGCAAAGAAUGCCCAACUACUGCACCUUCACCCCCCUCCUUCUAUUUAGUGGCUCCCAUCUCUCGAGGCAGGGCAAUGCCUACAGUGGGGUGGGGCCUGAGACCGCUGUCUGAUUUAUUUUGUUUUUGUGUUUUUUGUACUCCAAUAUCAAAUAAAAGACAACUAUAUGGAGUUGACCUGAGCAAAAGGGGUUUGGAUAUAUCGCCCCUGAGCUGGAGUCGGACAUCGGGUGGUAUUCCUGAUGUCAUGCCGCUAGCUGUAAACGGGACAGGUUUUCAGCCACAAAGCCUCAUUUGCCACCAUGACUUGCAAAGGGCUCAGUGUAUUUAUGUCACAACACUGAAACAAAGAGACUCGAGAACUGUGAUUUCACUCUAAAAUAUGUGCACUGGCUCUUUAAGAGUACCUGCCUUCAGUGGCAACUAAAGUGUACUUUAUCUGUUAUUCCUUUUAAUUGUUUGUAUGUAUUCACACUGGGAUAAUGAUGAGUCAUCUCAUUUUCUUGUCUUCAGCUCCUUCAUCUUUCUCUCUGCUCUCUGCCCUGACCUGCCUCUCUUUAGGAAUACCUGCUGUUGGCUGUGUGCAAACAUGUUAUCCAGAAACUCUCCGUAGGACUCUGCACUCAGAUCCUACAGCAUUGUAAGGAGUUGUGUAGCAGAGGAGGAAAGCCUGAAUGUUGGAAAGUCGGUUGGUUCUUGUUUGUAAAUGUUUCUGCUGUGCAAAAAGAAAAACAAAGACCUUUCACUUUGACUCCACUGUCAGGCUUUCCUGCCACCUGUAGGUAGUGUUGUCUGAUAUGUGGGAUAGAUGUGGAUGUGUGAAAGCUAGAAGGGUUUGUGUUCAUUUUUGCUAGAGCUUUAUGUUGUAUUUAUCUGAAUAAAAUGCUCCGUAUUUAGCUGUUAUUAGCAGUAGAAAUUAGAGAUGCACCAAUCAGGCUUCUCAGCGGGUUAUCAUUAAGAAAACAAUGGGCUGCGUGUCCUUUUCCAUCGACAUGAAUUUGAAUACUUUUGAAUUUGACAGAAAAUGAAAGAGUUGCAAAAUUAUGCCCACUUAUGGGUCAAAGUGUAUGUCCUGUCCUUAACCUUUUUGUUAUUUAUAUUAAACCAAAAUAAGUGAACUAGAGGUACAAGUUUAUGGUUUAUGUGUUUAUAGACUGAAAACAAAGAGAGUUUUUAAUUCCGAUUUUCAACAAUGCUGCUUUAAAAACCAGAUUUUUUUACCUGCUCAUUUUUGAUAGGGGCAUAAAGGGAAAAUUAGCUGAUUCUGAUCUCUGGCUGAUUGAUUGGUGCACCUCUAGUAGAAAUAGUUCAGUCUUGCCUUACUUGUUUGUCUAAGCAAUUUUGAACAAAUGUCCCAAAAUAUUACCUUAAUGAAAUAUCUUGACCCGAAAGUGCCCCAAAGUCUUAAUGCCUUUAUUAAAGAUUGCCUUUUGAGGUAGGUACCUCCAAUAAAAAUCUUCAUUAUGACUUCAAUACUGUUGAAACUGAUCUAAAGAAAUUUGUUCAAAGUUAUGUCCAUGUCAUGAUAGUUUAAAUCUCGUAUUACUCAUUCAGGGCAACACAGAUUGUUGAAAGUAGCAAUAGGCCGAUUUAAGAUUCAUAGCAUAUGAUAACUUAGAGGAAAAAUUCUAUUGUAUUCUCUACUGUAUUACAGUAUUUACCCUAAAAUUUUAAAGUAAAUAUGUUAUGAUCUAAAUACUUUAAUUUAAUAUAGAAUUCCUGCUGCUGCUAUAAACAUAUAGCUUAUUAUAGCUUAAUAAUUAAAUCUUUAGGAUUUAUUUCUAGUUAUAUUGAUUUUGAUACAUAGACCCAAGCAAAAACAUGGUAGGAUACCUGUACAUUUUAGUAGUAGUUUUAUAGUGCAGAAGAUUUGUGUGUGUUGUUUACAGUUGCUGGACUAACAGUAGGAGUUGAAUUUUGCUGGCUAAUUAGUUGAGCUUUCUAUUCAGGUAGCCAGCCUGCAGUCUGCUGCUGAACAGAUAUGUCACUUGCAGCUGGCCGAAACUAAGCACAUAAUUAUAAAACCCUUAAACCCAUUACAUAUUAUUUUAAAAUAAUAUAGGUGCUCAUACAGUGAGCCUCUGUCUUCCUCUAAAAUGUAUCCAAGUGGCCAUAAAUCUGUAUAAAAUCAGCGUAGAGUUCCCAAAACACAAAUUCAAAGUAACAAAUCACUGAUCAAAAAAUAAAAAGAAUUAGGGAAACCCAAAUCAUAACACAGAAUCAAUUCAGAUAGACAAUGUCAGUUUAACUGGUUCUGACCCACAUUUUUACUCUGUCUUUAGGCGUCAGCAUUCUAAUUUAGUUUAACAGCUGUGUCAUUAUAAUACUUUAUGUUAGUAAGCUACACAGUAAUUGUGUAAGACAAAUUUUUGGGCCGAACCUGUGUUGUGUCUUCUUGUUCCUUCCCUUAAAUUCAAGAUUUAAUAGUUUAUACCCUCUAAGCUAUCUAAUAUUAUUGAUUUGCUGAUUACAGUAAAAAAUGGGCAUAUAAACCAUAGUAUUCCCAAAAAGAAAGAGGGGCUCUUUAAAUAAAAACAAUUUUAAAUUUUAAAUAGAUAGAUUUUGGCCUGUUAUAGUUCAUUUUUUAUUUUUUAAAGCCGUACAAUGUUGUUACAUUUGUCUUCUUUCUGUCUUUGUAGCUGUGUCUCUCUGUUUCUCUUCUUCUCCUUCUGGUGAAUUGAUGUGGAAGGUUUCUCACCUCUGCUACAGCUUCCUCCAUCUAUCUCAUCAUCAUCAUCAUCACCACCAUCCACUGUCCCCUCUUGCACCUCCUUUACCAUUGAUUCAUCUCUCCAUCCAUUGUGAGACAGAGCAGAAAUGCUGUUUUGAUCACUUGAUUAGGACCUCGAUUAAUCAAAGCCUUGUUGCUGCUACAGUAGAGAUACUUUUAGCUGCUUUACGUUAGGUGCCUUGUGCUAGUUUAUGAAAUGAAUGAUUGUUUAUAUGCUUUAUGGUGCAUUAAUAAGUGCUGAUGAGCACUUGGAUAGUACAAAGGCUCCGCAGAGCAUGGAAGUAUGGAUGCAAACAUGAGGACUGUAUGGGAGAAAUAUGUUAAAACGUGAUUAGAAUAAGUUUUGUGCAGUUUUUAAAAAAAAUAUCAAAAAACCAGCUGUCUUGGCUUCCUGCUUAAACAUCGGUUUAACCAAACAGCAGAACAAAAGCAUAACUUUACUAUUAAGAUUUUGUUUUUAAAUACUGCAAAUUACCCAAAUAUUGACAACUAAAACCAACACUGCGAAAGAGUAAAAUAUUAUGUCUCAAAUCAUAUUUUAAAACUUUAUUAAAUCCAACACAAUUGUUCACACAAGUCCAUAUUGUUACUCUAUAAUUUCUGGCAUUUAUCCUUUAUUAAGGUUUUUUGCUACAGAAAUAUACAAUAAACAUCAACUAACACAUAUAUUAGUACCCCUGAUUAAAAUGUGUGAAAAGCUGUAUAAUAAAUCCAUCUUUUAUUGCAGUAACAUACUCUCACUUGACAAAUUUUAGCACUCCCACAAAAUUCCCAGGGCCUUUGGAAGAGAAAAAGGCCCACAGCAUCAUUCUUCCUCCAUGAGGGCGCUUUUACUUUAGGUUAUGAUGGUAGAACAGAAACACCUUUUUAUUUACUGCUUUGACUGUAGAUAUGGACAAGUUUAGGUAAGUAUCUAUUUUCUCACAGCCGUUUUCUCUUGUCUUUCCUAAAUAAAUGUGAAAUUAAAGGUUUUUUUUUUUUUUGCCUUUUUCAAUGUGGGAUUAUGUUGCUGCAAUGAAAGAUUACUAUAUUUCCAGGCUUUUUAAUACAUAUUUACCAAGGUAGCUAAUACAUGUGGAGGAAGUUUAGAUGAGUAUUCAGUCUGACUGUUAAAUUACUGAAGCCAAAAAAAAUGGCUUCUCAGUGCUUUCCUCAUUUUUGUAAUGUCAGAUAUAAUAUAUGCUAAAGGUAAAUGUUAUCCUUUAAAGUGCGGAUUAUAUUACUGGAGCUUGAUUGAAAACGUUGGAAGAUUUACUUGGACAUGAACAUGUUCCUUAUUUUUCAUAGGUUCUAAACUUUUUUUAAAGCUUUUAUUUGUUAAAUUUGCACGUAAAUCAAACAAAAUAUUGGCACCUAAAACAACAAACCUGAAAAUUGCCUCCAAUUGUCCUCUACCAUGCUAUACUAGAUGUUUUUUACUAUUUGAAGACAGUAUUUUAUGUGUCUAAUUUAUGCAGACGUGUAAUCCAGCUACCCAAAUUUGUUGCUACCAAAUCGGUGCUGAACAUAUGUGUGUUAAACUGUAUGCAUAGCUUUGAAAGUAAAACGCCUGUUUCUGUGGUGUUAGCUGAUGUUCAGACACAUCGUAUGAGGAAUGACACUUUGCUGUAGACGCUUUCAAAGCCAUGAAUCGUGGACUUUAAGGUCUUACUGUACCUCUCGCUGUCGUCAUGUUUGUGUAACACUUUCUAAACCGACAGCCUUCAGAGAGAAUGCUAUCGUUUCCGCUUUGCAAUGCAUCAUUGUAAAGAAAUCUGUAUGUCUCAUAACUAAUGGUAUCGACAAACUACUGUGCAGUCAGAUACAGUAAAGGAAAAUAUAAACAUAUAUAUACAUAUAGUUCUGCUAAUUGUACAGUUUUGGGGUGUUUUUGUAUACAGUUUUUAAGAGUUCUAUCAACAUUUUAUUGUGGAUUUUUGCCAAUUUUUCUUUAGCUUGACUGUACAUUUGUUCAAAAUAAAAGCCAGAGGUGGAGGUAUGGGGGAAAAAAAACUGUUUUAUGUAUUUGUUUUUCAAAGAUUUACAGUUAUGCCUCAAUAAAUUAUAUUCCGUCAAA